GUUCAGCUCUGAACCUGGACAACCCCUUUAAUGAUGGAGUUUGCUGUCAUCGCCGUUCCCAGUCAUUGCAGUCGAGUGUGUGCUGUUUGGUGCAGCUAGCACCUGCUGUGUAUGGGGCAGGCUCACCGCCACAGUCCGCAUUGUCUCAGCGCCACAUAGUGAGUGGGCACAACGCCGCCUGCGUGGUCCGGCUUAUCCUAAAACCCAGUGACAGCUCAUCCUUUCUAUAUGGCCCCUUCUCUCUCUGUACAGGGAAUGAAUGGGUCAUUAGGUAAGGACCUUACUAGAGUGAAGACAGGCCAGCAGCCAGCAGUGAUGGAGGAAGGCAGCAGUAGCCUCACUCUCUCUCACUGAGGGGCUGGUCAGGAGCACGGAGCACUGUGUGAGGAGGAGGCGGGGCCAGGACCGCAGCACCGCAGACUGGCACAGUGAGAGGCAGGACGCUGCAUGGCCGGGCUAAUCAUAAGGCAGCCGCCCGGGACGGUUGGGACCUAUGCGGUAAUGUCUGCGGUGUGAACGCUCCGCUGUGUGUGCGCGGCCGCAGCUUCCCCCCCCAUAUCCUCUGCCUCCGGCUUCGGGGAGGAGCAGUGAGGAUAGGCGGGGACGGUACAGCAGCAGACACCGCCCGGAAACCACCAAGGAAGACCCAGGGUGAAAUCCUGAGAUUGCCCGGCGCUGGCGCAGGAACUAACGGAUCCCGCCCGGCAGAGCCCUCGUUGUCCGGCCGCACUCCGGCGCCCCCGCCCUGCAUGACCCUGGCCGCGGUAUAACGCGCCCCGCUGACCUUGUCACCCCCGCCCCACCAUGUCUGCCUCCAAGAGCCUCCAGCAGUGGUGCUCCCAGCAGUGUGCCGGCUACCCCGGGGUCCGCAUCUCCGACCUCAGCUCCUCGUUCCGCGAUGGACUGGCUUUCUGCGCCCUUAUUCAUCGUCACAGGCCUGACCUCAUAGACUUUGAUUCACUGUCAAAAGAGAACGUCUUGGAGAACAAUCGCUUGGCUUUCGAAGUGGCAGAACGCGAGUUGGGAAUCCCAGCGUUACUCGAUCCAGAAGACAUGGUGUCCAUGAAAGUGCCAGACCGGCUUAGUAUUAUGACCUACGUAUCCCAGUACUACAACAAUUUCCGUAACUCUAACCCAGGACUCCCUCAGCUAAAACAAACUUCCCCAGCAGAACCUGUUCAUGGCCAAGACAUGGCUCCCCAGGAUAAACUGGAACCUACCAGUGCCGCCACCCGUGUGGCUCCUAGCAGCACCUGUGCCUUAUGCCAGCAACAUGUGCACCUUGUGCAGCGUUACCUAGCAGAGGGAAAGCUUUACCACCGGCAGUGCUUCCGGUGUAAGGAAUGCUCUGGUACUCUACUUCCUGGUUCAUACCAGCCUGGUCCUGAGACUGGCACAUUUGUGUGCACCCAUCACUACCGACCACGGGCAGGCACCAGCAGUCCUGAGUCUGUGGAAAAAGGCUCUGUGGAAACCAAGGUCUUGUCUCCACCAAAGCCACGCUUACCACCAAAGCCACCUCUUCCCAACAAACCACAGAAAGAACCUGAUGUUGACUCCAUAUCAGACACACCACCAGUGGCAGCACCAAGAAGAAGUGAUGUAAACCCGCAACCUCUGCCACGAGCUCGAUCUGUCGCUGGGCAAAGCCCAGUGAGGCCAACAAGUGUUAUAAAUGGUGACCAGCAAGUGAUGACUCCACCAGUCCCUAAACCAAGAGGCAGAAGAAGGUCUUCAGAUGGGGACGAGAAGGGAACACGACAUAAGGAUCCACCUUGGAUUUCCUUGGUAGCAGCAUCUGAGCCUAAAAAACGAGCUGCCCCACCUCCCCCGCCUGCAGUACGAAAGCAGGAUGAUUUGGAACAGAAUGCCAAGUCACCGCAAGAUGAAGCCAACGAUUGCUCUUUGACAUCCAAACACUACAAUCCAUUUGAGGAAGAAGAUGAAGUAGAAGAGGAAAGUGAAAAUACUUUAAAACCAGGCCAUCCCUGGUAUGGAAUUACCCCAACCAGCAGCCCAAAGAGUCGAAAAAGGCCGGCACCUAAAGCACCAAAUGCUUCUCCUUUGGCUCACCAUUUUGGUCAUCUUAAUUCUCGGCUGUCUCAUUCAGAGCCUCCUUCAAGCAGCCCUUCACCAGCUUUAAGCACAGAGAGCCUUCCUACGGAUCCGUCCACAAAAGAUCAUGAGUCAGAAAGUGUCCCUAAGAGUUCUUCAGAACCAACUAUUCACUCGCCCACUCCAUCUGGACCACCAAAUGAAGGGAGCUCAGAUUUUCUCAAUCAUUCUACAAACAAUAGCCAUGAUGAUCCUAGUCAUUUAUCAACCAACACCAGCCUUUCCUCGUCAGGUGACCUAGCCAGUACUAGUGAGGUACAUGAAAGCCUUUCCCCCGAAAAGAGAGACUCCUCCUGUGAUAGCCUCCGAACCAGUCCAAGCAGACCAGCCCCACAACCCCCUGAUCCAGAUAAAAGUGCAGCUUCAGAAGCCAAACCGCAACCAAAGGCUUCAUGUAAAGAGAACCCCUUCAAUAGAAAGUCCUCUCCAGUCACCUCUCCUGCUAUCAGAAAAAGCAAGAAAGGUCCAAAACCUGCUCGUCCACCAGCUCCAGGACACGGCUUCCCUCUUAUCAAACGCAAGGUUCAGGCUGAUGACUACAUUCCAGAAGAUGAAAUUCAAAUGGAGAUGGAGGCCAUUGAGAUAAGACUAGAUGCGCUUGAACUUAGAGGAGUGGAGCUUGAGCAAAAGCUUCGCAAGCUGGAGGCAGAGUCGGAAGAGGACAGUUUGUUGGUGGAUUGGUUCAAACUUAUCCAAGAGAAGCAAACACUGGUACGCCGAGAAUCUGAGCUCGUGUACACCAUGAAGCAGCAGAGUCUUGAGCAGCGUCAAGCUGAUGUUGAAUAUGAACUUCGUUGCCUUCUCAAUAAACCAGAGAAAGACUGGUUGGAUGAAGAUAAGGAAAGAGAGCGGGUACUAAUGCAGGAGCUGGUGACGCUCAUUGAGCAGAGAAAUGCCAUUGUCAAAUGCCUAGAUGAAGACCGGCAAAGGGAGAAAGAGGAGGACAAGUUAAUAGAAGCAAUGAUCCAAAGGAAAGAUUUUCACAGAGAUUGUUAUAAGAAGAAGAAAGGUAAAUUCAAACCUAUGAAAGUCCUCAAGCUUUUGUCUCCAAAGCAAGAGGGAAAAACAAAGAGCCCAAAGGACAAAACAAAGAGCCCAAAGGACAAAACUCGGGAGCAGGAGGAGGGGGCCAAGAGGUAGAUGCUGGAUGCUGACUCCAUCUUUGUUGUGCCUGCCCUUCCAUUGUGCUGACUGUCUCACCAUGCACAGUAAAGGAGUCUCCUUGUACCACGCGACCUAGAACCCCAGUGAGUCAUUAUAUGGCAGAUGACGCAGCACGGAGGUGGUAAUAAGUCACAUACAGUCAUGUGCAGCGACUGCCCACCAAAAACUGCUUCUCCACCCUUAGACCUCGGUUCUUUCUAGAGCUUGAAGUAAAGUGAGUUGGCACUGCUUAGAGAACUUCUAUAUCUGAGAUUUCCCCCAGCACAUCUCUACAUUUCUGUUCUUGCUUAUAAAAACGGAAUAACUACAGAAGUGAAUAAUUUUAAUCUCCAAUUAAUUUAAUCCGUAAAAGUUGAUGAUUGCCACAUAAAUGUGUCCCAGUUCCAACCGCAAUUCUUUACAUAGACCAAAAAAGUUUUACUCCCAAGUAGCGUCCUGCUAGUCUUCAUUACGUUGCGCUCAUUGAUAUCAACGGGUUGCCCGAGAAAUACAUUGGCGCGCUAAUGGGUCAAAAAGGAGAGAGACGACGUUUGCGAAGUUUUGUGAAUGCGGCUUAUUUUUUUUAAAUUAAAAAGUCACAAGUGCCUCUAUUUACGCCGCCCUCAACACUUCUUUUCCAAAAGGGACGUAAAAGGGCUGAGAAUUUUUUUUUUCUCUCUUAAUUUAUGCCGGUUUUCUGGUGCAAAUGAAGCCAGAAAUCUACGGCAGCUCUGAGCGCGUACGGACUGCUGGAGGAUGCGCCUCGUCAUAAAUGUGCAUUCUCGUGCAGGGGAUAUCAAAACUGGCGCACAAAUUGGGAGAGAUUUAUCAAAACUGGUGUAAGGGAAAACUGGCUUAGUUACCCACAGUGACCAAUCAGAUUCCACCCUUCAUUUUCCAAAGGAGCUGUGAAAAAUGGAUUUCCUUUGCACCCGUUCUGGUAAAUCUCCAUUAUUUGUAUGGUCCUAAUUGGUUGUACUGCUCAAGCUAUUGGUCUGUCUAUGGUGGCCUCGGUUUGUGUAGAUAGAAGAUUGCAUGCAGAUUCAUAAAAUGGCAUCACAAGACUGGCCAAUAGCUCCAUUCACUAGACUGGUGACCUCUAGUAGUAAGUGCCAGCAGAACGAUGAUCAAUAGGGGAAAACUGAUGGUGUAAAGUCAUGGCUUUCUCUGUUGCCAUGGGAAUUAAAAUGAUAAUCGCACUUCUGACUUUUUAUAGUGUGAGAUCCCUAUUAUAUACAUUCCUUUCAUGUUUUCCUAAAUGAAUUGAGUCAUUCCACAUAGGCUGCCAUCAGUGUGUCCUAUAGCCGACGUGAUUUGACCAGCUUACGUGUAGGGUUUCCACAUGGGUUUCUGCCUUGUACUCCAGUGUUCUCCCACAGUCCCUAAAUGCCUAGGUCACUUGGCUUCCUGUGAGUGCUUGACGUACAAAAAGUGACUGGCCAUAGACCCUAGAGGGAAAUUUCCUGGUGGGCCGAUGCCCAGGAGGCCUCCCGAGUCCUGCUCACAGCUGCCAGCGGGGUACAUAAUGAUCAGAUACUUUCAGCAUUAAUUAAUGCUGCUUUCCUAACUCAACUGUAUCGACCUCCUUAGGACGGUGAUAGAGUAGUAUACUGUGGUGAGGGUGACGGUAUUUUGUGCAGUACUGUGGUAAUUGGUUCCGCCGAGGUAGUAUUAUGUGCUGCACUGCUGUAUUUGGUUCUGCUAGGGCGGUAUUUUGUGCUGCACUACAUUGCAGGCCCCGCUUACUUGUGUUGUCCUGCCUUCUGUGAAUUUGGACCUGCCUACCACACGGGGCCACUUUUAGGUUUAUUUCCAGGGCCACUUUAAGUUCCCAGUCCACCCAUGGCGAUCCCCUUGCAGAGAGGGACUGAUGGGCGUUCUGCACUUAGGAACUUACACUAGAAAAAUGACAGGUAAUAAUAAAUAGAUUAAUGCAUACUGUCUCGGGUAAAUUGCUGCCGCCAUCUAGUACACGCUGCUCGGAUAUUAAACCGUUUGCCUUAUAAGAGCUUAGGAGAAGCAAGCUUUUUCACAAGUGGUUGGCCGUAAGCAAAUGUAACCAGCUGAAAUACCGUAGGUUUCUGCCGCCUUUCUCUAGACUGCUGUAGUAAAGGAAACAAAUAAGUUACAUACAACAGGCUUCCCCAACACUGGGAGAGCAAGCCUCCGAAAAUAUCUGCAUUGUCCGGUCUUCAUUGGGGCGCAGACCCCUUCACUCUGUGCCAUGUCAUUUUACUUCAAUCGUCCUCCUUAUGAGAGCUGUACCAGAACAAGUUCUGCCGAUCGCUGCUUAGCAGGAGCUGCCUAUGGAAAAAGUUGAGGCCAAUUUAAUGAUAUGUUAUGGAGCCAAAUGAAUAAUGAAACGCUGUGUGUACCGCAAUGUGGCUGCACUACGGUUCCUCACUGUGAAGGCACAGCCAUGGCUAAACCUUAACAUUUGCUCUGUGAGCACUGCUUCUUUAGCCACAAAACUAUGCAUAUUUCAUUCCAGAGUCAGCAUUCAGUUUUAUUUUCUUAAAAAAUAAAAUAAAAAAAGGGUCUGCAUUUUGCCAAAAACAGCACACCCGCCCUUGAGAUGCAUCUGGUAUUGCGGCUCAUUCCUAUUUACUUGGAUUGCACUACAAUACCAGGCACAGCCUGUGGGCAGGGGUGGCGCUGUUUCUGGAAAAAUUGCAGACAUUUGUUUCUUUUCCAAUCCCAGACUAAUGAAACAUUACAACAUAGAAUAAUUUACCGCAUUUUUUUUUAAUUUUAAGAUACAAAUAUUAAGAGAGUGCACAGGUUUUAAUAGCUGAGGAAUGUAGCUUUUAUUCGCGGGAUUGGUACCUUAACUCAGACUUCAUUGUUCAGUGCCAAUAUAUAUUUGGUAUGUGACAAAUGAAUGUUGUCUUGUCAUAUCUGCCCAGGCCCGCAGGGCUCGUCUCCACCAGUGCCAUUAGUAUGUGUACAUUGCCCAUCUCCUUCUCUCUGUGAGUCAGCCUGUAAGUGCCAAGGGUGCUCAAUGUGAAAGAAGUUCCUCUGUCAUCACUGCCCAGCAUGCAGUGAUGCCCCCUUCACCAGCUUGUGGUAACACUGUAUGGCCUGGCACUUAGCUCUGUUACACUGACCUUGCUUUGUUGCUGCCUGUUUGUGGUUAUUUUUAUAACUAUUAAAUUAUUGCACUGUUUGUAACUGUUUGGAAAAAGAGCCUUCUGUAUCAGAAUAAAGAAACCUGCUAUAUAGUGAG